GGCGCACAGGUGCACUGGGACUGAAUCUCCAACCGUGUUGAUCCCGGGUUCGUCCCACUGCGCCUGCGUGCCGCCGAGAGACAAACAGAGUAGCUAUUGUUAGUCGAGGACCAGCCAGCAGGUUGUGUCAGAGUUUAUCUCAUGCUCACCCCCUACCUGUUGAAUAUUCACAGUCGAGUCACUGUCGAAGAACAAAGUCAAAUCUAAAAGCCGUGGGCAGGAGAGGAAGGGAAAAGUGGUCGCGGAAGAAAUAGAGGAAAGCUCGGAGGAAAGGAGGAAGUAAAUAGGACAACACGACCGUUGGGCUUGGAACUCAACAGGUUAGCUACUUCAAUGUUGUAGCGGCGGCUCGGACUUUUUAUUUCUCACGUCGAAAAACAAACGAAGACAACAACAAAACAAACAAAACAAUGCCGCUGGGACCGUGGAGGAAGAAAAACAAACAGACGAAGGAGCAUUUGGUGGACAACGAGGAGGUCACCGGCGGACACGCAGGUGCCGGGAGCUUGGCUAAAUCCGCCGUGAACGGAGUGGGGCUCCCGCCUCCACCUGCCAACCUGCGGCCCAAACUGGUCUUCCACACGCAGCUGGCUCACGGAAGCCCCACCGGCAGGAUCGAGGGAUUUUCCAACGUGAAGGAGUUGUACGCGAAAAUAGCAGAGGCGUUUAAUAUAAGCCCACCUGAGAUAAUGUUCUGCACCCUCAACACCCACAAGAUUGACAUGGACAAGCUGCUGGGGGGCCAGAUCGGCCUUGAGGAUUUUAUCUUCGCCCACAUUAAAGGGAUCAAGAAGGAGGUGGAAGUUUAUAAAUCUGAAGAUGCUCUGGGCCUCACCAUCACAGACAACGGAGCGGGAUACGCUUUCAUAAAGCGUAUCAAAGAGGGCAGUGUUGUGGACGGGGUGAAGGUGAUCUGUGUGGGUGACCACGUAGAGUGCAUUAACGGACGCAACAUCAUCGGGACACGGCAUUAUGAGGUCGCCCGCAUGCUUAAAGAGCUGCCCAGAGACAAAUCCUUCACCCUCAAACUGGUCGAGCCGAUGAAGGCCUUUGAAAUGCUUGAGCCCAGGUCAAAGGGUGCCAAACCUGCCAGUGACAACAAGAUCGGCACAGGGAGGGGUACUCUGAGACUUCGCUCCAAGGGCCCAGCUACUGUAGAGGAGGAGCCAACAGAAUUUGAGGAGAAGGCAGUUAAGAAAGUGGAUGACCUCCUGGAGAGCUACAUGGGCAUCAGAGACACUGAACUAGCUGCUACGAUGGUUGAGGUCGGCCGUGACAAGAAGAACCCGGAUGAAUUCGCCAUGGCGUUAGACGAGACCCUCGGAGACUUCGCCUUUCCCGAUGAGUUUGUCUUUGACGUCUGGGGGGCCAUUGGAGACGCCAAGCAGGGAAGAUUUUGAGUUUGCUCCUGCCCCCCCAAAACACACACACACACACACACACACACACACACACACACACACUCCCUCCUUCCCCAACUCACCUCUUAAUAUCCUGAGAAGUAAACUGGACAAACUUUAACCAGCACAAACGGGGGCGGAUGAAGUGUUCUUAGGUGUAGCUGUGCAAUCGGAUGGAGUGUCUUAAAGCAUCAACUUCAGUCAAGUGGGUUUACAUAAGGAAUUUAACAUGUCAGCGUUUCAGUGUAAUCUUGUAAAGAUAACCAUGAAAUGUGGAAUGCAGUUUCCAACACUGGACCUGCCUCCUGAAAGCUGAAGAGUUGGUGAUUAAUUCCAGAUGUUGUUUAAACCUUUAACGACCCCCUGAGACAUGAUCGCUCUAGCUGCAUCUUAAAAGCUCAUGAUGCUGUUCUUCUGUCAGAACAGUCAACAGUGGUCUAUUAAAUGAAUCGCUCAGUUUUAAUCACACUUUAUAGCUGUGUCAUUUUGAAUAUACAGAUGUAUCACACAGCUUUUUAUAGGCUUUUUUUAUAUGUGAAAAUGUUGCUGAUUUUACAGCAGCAGCAUUGUGUAAUUAGUGUAAUUAUAGUGAUUUGUAGCAAUAUUUUUUCCCAAUAUUUACAAUUUUUAUUUCCCUCCAACCUUUUAAAAUAUUUUAAAUGGCCUCACAGUGAAAAAAUGUUGGAGCUUUGGCCACGUUCACAUUGCUAAUGUUCGUUUACUUUGUGCUCGCCCACAUUUCAGCUUGAGCCUUUCGUCCAUCUGUCAGAGACGGAGCAGAACAGAGGGUUUCGUCUCUGAAUGCCUUUAGCCAAGUUUGACGACACACGUUCCACCAACAUUCCUUACGUUUCUCAUGUUGUUAUAGUCUGUAAACACUGUUAACAUGUCAUGAAAUGAGGCUUAUUUAGAGAUGCACACCUAUUUUUUUCUGUAAUUUAUUUCACCAUGAAAAAUCAUAUGCUGUAAGACAUUUUUAUACAGAGACAUGGCUCAGUAUGAAAGAAAGUUAUUUCCUAAAUAAGCCAUUUUGAAGGCUGUGUCUGGAAUGGGAUCAAUUGCAAUCCAAUGUCUUAAAUAAAUGCACUCGCAUUAAUGUAACUGCACUAUUUAAAUCACUGUCAAACUGAAUUUAAAUAAUGACUUGAUUAGUGUCAUCCACUGAUGUUAACUGUUCGCAGCAGUUGCAUAUUGUUUGACAAACCAUAAGGGAUCACUAUUGUUGGAUAGACAAUAAAAUUUGAUAUACUGUAA